AGUCGACACUCGAUAGUCGUAAACAUGAUGUGGCACAUCGUAAAACAGCCACGAUAAUUUAAGUUUUUCGUUAUUUUGCCGAUGUUUUCGGCAAGAAAUAACUAUGUAAUGUUAAAAAUCGCCCGAUAACUAAUCGUAUACCGUAUCGUAAACACGGUAAUAGUACAAAAUCGCGAAAAGAAUUGUUGCGGAAAUACGAGUUUUAACGACCAAAUAAAGUACCCAUCGUAUCGUUUAUCAAUCGGAUUUACUAAAAGGCUGUGUUAAACAUCGUAGAAUAUAAACGAAAUGGAAUCCGUAGUACCAGAGUUCGAGGAAUUGAUGUUAUGCGGCUAUUGUAAGCAAAAGUUCAACGAAACUGACCAAAGUCCUAAAUUGCUUUCGUGCAAGCAUUAUUUUUGUCUACAAUGCAUGCGGACAAACCUCACCAAGGGCCAGGAACUCUACUGCAUUUACUGCUGGAAACGAACUGAAGUUGGUGAGUUGGGACCAGAAUCCCUCCCAACUUACAAUCCAGUUUUAUGCUUGACUAAGAAUUUCUCCCAGCUGAAGAUAGGGACGAAACCUUCCGACAAACCUGCCAAGGUUAUUUCAGAAAAUUGCCACACUCAUGCGAUGCCAUUGGCGUUGUGGUGCCAUACUUGUUGCUCUCCCGUUUGUCGAGCCUGUGCUACCACAAAUGAUCACGUAACUCAUCAAAUAAAAUCGCAAAACGAAGCAAAAGACCAUCUUAUCUCCGAAAUGCAGAUCGAUUUGUCUUCGAUGAACAAAAUGCUAUCUGAAAUCCAAAGACUGGCUAUGCAACAACGCGAAUUUUUGCUUAAAAUCCUAGAGGCUUGUGUUACGUUAAAAACACACGUUGAAGCUGAAUUAACGAAUAACGUGUCUCAUUUUGAAUUGUCUGAAACGAGAGACAUAUUAUCCAAACUACGACUCAACCUAUCGAUGGCUGAGAAUCUGACGGAAGUCCAUAAUCUUUACUCCAACGUGAAUGUGGAGAAGCAGCGCCUGCAAAUUCGUUACCAGGAAAUGCAUCUCCAAUGUCAACUAGAUGAUUUAAUAAGAACUUCGAGUGUUCUAUUCGACUUUCAGCUUUUGAAACAAUCUCUGAGCAACCUACAAAAUGGGGAAUUGAUGUAUCCCAGUACAUCACGAGUACUUAACCCUUCACAACAGAACCCAAUUUUAUUCCUUGCAAAUUAUUGCAUGUCUCAGUUAUUUUCGCGUCAUAUAGUCUCGAAACAAAAUAUAAACGGUUCUCUUGAUUACCAUAAUCAUAAUUCGGUUCCUGCAAUCAACUAUCUACCCCCUAAUCCUCCACCUCACGUUGUUAUACCAGCACCUAAAAACAUUUAUCAAGAAAAUAACUUAAUCAUGCAAAACAUGAUACAUUCUCCUCAGAUUCGGAACCCUAUCAACAUGUGCCCGUUGUACUAUUUCAACGUAGAUGUAAAUGGGGCUCAAAUCGGUCGAAUCGUUAUCGAGGUAAGAGCUGAUGUAGCUCCAAAAAUGGCAAAAAACUUCGGAGUUUUGACCACUGGUGAAGCAGGGAUGGGGUACAAGGGUUGUCAGAUAUUUCAGUGUUGGGAGGGCGAGAGCGUUAUAACGGGCGAUUUCGAACUCAACAAUGGGAGGGGAGGCCGGUCUAUUUUUGAAGACUCCUACUUUUUACCUGAUGAUACUAAACUGAUGGCUGUUCGAGGUACAGUCGGUAUGAGACGGACACAGAAACGGCAUGACAAUUUGGGCAUGGUGGGUUCACAAUUCCGAAUUAUUUUGCAAGAAAUGCGCGGUUUUACGGGAAUUUUUGGGCAUGUUGUGGAAGGUUUAGAGCUUAUUGAGAAAAUUAGUACGUACGGGGAUACAGCAGGUAAACCUACUAAAAAUAUCGUAAUAUCAAAGUGUGGAAAGCUGUAAAGAGUGAGACAUCAAGUUCAGUUCUGUAUCGUUAUACUUCGAAAAAUUUUGUUGACAUUAGAUUUUUAAUGAAGGAAGUUGAAGAAACCUAGGUGGACCACUUGCAAGUAGAACACUUUUUUGACGGAUGGGAUAUAAAGUCCUGCAUAAGUUAAAGAACAUAAAAUAGGUAUUUGAUGUUCGAUCAAACAACUACGAAACUGACUGUACAAAAUUGAUGUAUGGAUGUGUGGCUUAAUUCAAACUGCAUAGUCUUAAAACCUAAACACGUAAAUACCGUCUUAGCUUAAUACAUUAUAUGAAACUAUCGAAUUCUGAGAUAACUAUAUUUUCGUAUGAUAAAUAUCGUGAAAGCGCAGGAUAGAUAUUUUUAUUGUUGUCGAUUUUUAGCUAUGGUGGACUUUUAGCUUAUAAGUGUGAUUUGUUAUGUUUGUUUGUAAGAGCGUAAAAAUGUUAAAGAUUAACAGAGUUUAAAAUCCGAAAUUCGAAUUGCCAGGGAAUGUACAAUAUUUCGAAUAAAAUACGUACUUUCCAUUUUUCUUAGGAACGCCGUUAUCAACGUUUGAUUAUUUUUGUCUUUUUACUUUAUUUUGUAUCGAUAUAUGCUUCCGUGAAU